AUGAAUCCCCUGCUAAACAACCCGCUCAGCGGCGGCUGCGCGUUCCCGUCGGUGGCAGCCGCGCUGCGGUUGCCGGCGGCCUCCCUCUGUACAAGCGCGGGCCGGAGCAGGAGCAGGAGGCCGCAGCCCAGUUUAGCGCGCGCAGGCUCGGAUGGCUCUGACGGCGCCGUCGCCGGCGCAGUAACGGAAGGGGAGGCAGGCGCCGGCGGCCAGCGCGGCGCCUCGGCCGAGCCGGCGGCGGAGAAGCAGCAGCCCGUCGUCAAUCCUAAGAUCGAGAAAGAGCUCAAGAAGGCAGUUCAGAAGACCGCGGCGACGUUUGCGCCGAGGGCGUCCACCAAAAGCAAGAACCCGGCGGUACCCGGAUCCACCCUGUACACCAUCUUUGAGGUCCAGGCGUACGCCUCCAUGCUUGCCGGCGGCGCCCUUUCCUUCAACCUCGUCUUCCCCUCCAGCGAGCCCGACAUUUGGAGGCUCAUGGGGAUGUGGUCCAUCUGGAUGUUCAGUACUAUACCUUCUCUGCGAGCCCGUGACUGCUCAAACAAGGAGAAAGAGGCUCUCAACUAUUUGUUUAUCCUGGUCCCUUUGAUCAACGUUAUCAUCCCGUUCUUCGUGAAAUCGUUUGCAGUUGUCUGGUCAGCAGAUACGGUCGCCUUUUUCGUGAUGUAUGCAUGGAAGCUUGGAUGGCUGCAAAAGUCCGAGUGA